AUGGGGUCUCACCAGCUGACGUCCUGUCCCCAGGACUUGGUGACCUUCCCUGACGUGGCCGUGAGCUUCUCUCCAGAGGAGUGGCCGUGCCUGGACGUCUCUCAGAGGAAGCUCUACAGGGAUGUGAUGCUGGAGACGUAUGAGCACCUGCAGGCAGUAGCAGGGUAUUUUGAGGUGAAGCCUGCGCUGAUCUCCUGGUUGGAAGGAGGAGCCCUGGGGAAGCUGCCCCAAAGCCCAUUUUCUGAAUUCAAGCCAGAAAUCUAUCCUUGUCCCUUCUGCUCUUUCAUCUUCUCCAGUCAGAACUUCCUCAGUCGUCAUAUGAAACGAAGUCAUCCCUCUUGGAUCCUCCUGGGAACAUCUGCAGGAAAGCAGCAUCAACCAGAGAAUUCCUAUACAUGUGAUCAGUACCAAUGGUGGCAACAUUCUGAUCUAUAUAAUGACACACCAAAGAAUGACAUACUUGAAAGUCAAAAGCACAAAGAAAGCUCCAUACAUUUGGGUAAUAGGAUGAGGCAUAAAAGAAUUUCAGUAGUCUUUUCUAAACUAUUUAGUGGUCAGAUAGAUAGCUCUAGUAAAAUGACAAUGGAAGAAGAUAUUAACACAGGCUUGAAAGAAAAUCCAAAGGACACAGGUGGAGUAGUUCCAGGGAUAGACUUGCCAAUAAUUUUAAGAGGCAAGUAUGUAAGUCCUGGGCAAGGCUUCAGUGAUGGAUCAAGUCUCAUCACAUAUCAUGUGACUCACACAGGGGAGAAGCCCCAUGUUUGCAGAAAAUGUGGUCGAGGCUUCAGUGUGAGGUCAAAGCUCAUUGUACACCAGAGGACACACACAGGGGAGAAGCCCUAUGUUUGCAGAAAAUGUGGUCGAGGCUUCAGUGUGAGGUCAAAGCUCAUUGUACACCAGAGGAUACACACAGGAGAGAAACCCCAUGUAUGCAGAAAGUGUGGAAGAAGCUUUGGUGAGAGGUCAGCUCUUUUUAGACACCAGAGGACACACACAGGAGAGAAGCCCCAUAUAUGCAGAGAGUGUGGGCGAGGCUUUGGUCAGAGGUCAUAUCUUAUAGCACACCAGAGGACACAUACAGGGGAGAAGCCCUAUGUUUGCAGAGAAUGUGGCCGAGCCUUCUCUGUGAAAGCAAGCCUAAAUGCACACCAGAGGAGACACACUGGGGAGAAGCCCUAUGUUUGUAGGGAGUGUGGUCAUGGCUUCAGUGUAAAGGCAGAUCUCAUCAAACACCAAAGGACUCACACAGGGGAGAAGCCCCAUGUAUGCAGAGAGUGUGGGCGUGGCUUCAGAUUGAAGUCAAGUCUCAACAUACACCAGAGAACACACACAGGGGAGAAGCCCUAUGUUUGCAGUGAAUGUGGUCGAGGCUUUGGGCAGAGGUCACAUCUCAUCAGACACCAGAGGACACACACCGGGGAGAAGCCUUAUGUUUGCAGAGAAUGUGGUCGAGGCUUCAGUCAUAGGUCAACUCUCAUCACACACCAGAGGACACACACAGGAGAAAAACCCUAUGUUUGCAAGGAGUGUGGGCGUGGUUUUAUUGUGAGGUCAAGUCUCAUCACACACCAGAGGACACACACAGGGGAGAAGCCCAAUAUUUGCAGUGAUUGUGGGCGUGGCUUCAGUGAAAGAUCAAAGCUCACCAGACACCAGAGGACACACGAGGGCCAGAAACCCCAUAUUUGCAGGAUUUGUGAUCGAGGGUUUGUUCAGAGGUCAAGUCUCAUCAGCCACCAGAAUAUUCAUACAGGGGAGAAGCCCCAUGUUUGCAAACAGUGUGGACGAGGCUUUGCUCAGAGUUCACAACUCAUUACACACCAGAGGACACACACAGGGGAGAAGCCCCAUGUUUGCAGGGAGUGUGGGCGAGGCUUUGGUCGGAGGUCACAUCUUAUCAGACACCAGAGGACACACACUGGGGAGAAGCCCCAUGUUUGCAGGGAAUGUGGGCGAGGCUUUGGUUUGAGAUCAAGUCUCAUCAAACACCAGAGGACACACACAGGGGAUAAGCCUCAUGUCUGCAGGGAGUGUGAGCGUGCCUUCAGUGACAGGUCAAGUCUCUGCAGACACCAGAGAACACACACAGGGGAGAAGCCCCACGUAUGCAUAAAUUGUGGACAAGGCUUUGGUCGGAGGUCACAUCUCAUCAGACACCAGAGGAGACACCUGGGGGGAAGUUCCAUGUUUGCACAGUGUUUGGGUGUGGCUUUAGUGACAGGUCAAGUCUUUUCAAACACUGGAGGACACAUGCAGGGGAGAAACUCCAUGUUUGCAGAUAGUUUGGGCUAG